GGAAGUGAAGGAACGGAGGGGCUCUGCUUCCGGCGCCGGAGUCGCUGCGCCGUCUUCGCGCCAUGGCGGCGCUCGGCCGGCAGGUCUUGGAGUGGCACCGCCUGGUCCCCCUCCCCUGGGCGUGCGUCGCUGCGCAGACUCCUCGUCUUGGGGAGCGGAGAAGGGCACCGGCCCUCUUGUUGUGUAAACUGGCCACAGCCUCCAGUGGAGGGGGCCUUGGGGGGCUUCCCCGUGUGGAAUCCGGAAAGCACGUGCAGGAACCGGAGUGCAAGACGAGCCUCACGUGGUGCCCCCCCGAGAAGCAGAGGGCCCCUGUGGGCGGAGCGUCCGUGGAGCAAGAGGAGGCCUUCAGCUCCCUCCUGGACAUGGGUUUCAGCGGCGUCCACGCUCAGGAACUGCUCAGCAUACAGCCCGGGACCCACCCUCGACAGCUGCUGGACAUCGUUUCAGAGUUAAUACUCUUGGGUGUGAAUCCAGAGCCUGCGUACGAGGCCUUGAGGAAGAGUCCCCAGUUACUGAGGCUGCCGGUGGUGCACGUGAAGAAGCGUGCCGCUCACCUGCGGAAGCUGGGGCUCGGAGAAGGGAAGCUGAAGAAGGUGCUUCACUGCUGCCCCGAGGUUCUCACCAUGCGCCACCGGGACCUGGACGGCGUCGUGCGGGUUCUCAGGGAGAAGUGCCUGUUCACCGCGCAGCAAGUGACCGAGAUCUUGCACAGGUGUCCCCACGUUCUCCGGGCGGACCCCGGUGAGCUGGAGUACAAGUUCCAGUAUGCCUACUUCAGGAUGGGGGUGAAGCACGUGGACGUGGUGAGGACCGACUUCCUGCAGUACCCCAUCACCAAGACUAGGCAGAGGCACACCUUCCUGGAGCGCCUGGGACGGUACCAGACCCCGGACAAGAAGGGGCAGACGCAGGUCCCUAACCCUCUGCUCAAGGACAUUCUCAGAGUUUCGGAAGCUGAGUUUCUGGCCAGGACGGCCUGUUCUUCUGCCGAGGAGUUUGAAGUGUUUAAGAAGCUCUUGGCUCGGGAGGAGGAGGAGGAGGCGGAGGCUGAGAGCCCCGUGCCUGGUGACGAAAGCCCCAGUGACGAGGACGAGGACUGGGAGGAGGAGGAGGAGCUGUGACAGAGGCCUGGGGACACCUGAGGACGUUCUACUUCUCCCAGAGCCCUUGGGACCUUCCCUUGGAUCUUCUCAGGCCAUUUCUCAUCCCAAAACUGGUCUUUUGAUGAGAAAUUACUGUAGGUCACUGAAAAGGAGGUCGGAGGGCCCUGCUGCAUUGUGAAUAAAAGACUGGCUCCCAGCUGUUAAAAUCGGGAACUCGGUGCAUCAAAAUUGGGUUUUAUUUUCUCGGCGGUAGCUGUCGGGAAUCAUCCCCUGACAGGGUGUGCUUCUGGAGUCCUUGUCUGUGUCCUUCUAGUGCUAAAGGUACAAUUAAGAGAAGACAGCGAGGUUUUGGCACAUCACAGCACUUUAUUUUAUGAAAACAAGUAGCAAGCUUUCCCAAAGAGACUCGUGUAUUGAAUCCAGAAGUGCUGCUUCCCAAUAGCAUUCAGUGUACAGCGGAGCAGGGGCGUGGGUCCGUGAUCGUCGGCUUCAUGUGGCAAAGCUGCUGCUGCCAGCGCGACACUGGGCGCCCCUCUCCGAGGGGCGGGCCUGCCCCCGGCCUCAGGAGCCUGGCGUUCGCGCCCACUUAGCCAGUGGGCCACACCGGGGCCUGGCGUCUCUGGCGGCUAGGAGUGCUGGCUCGGGGCUCGCAGGAACCGAAGGGGCCGUGGAGCCGACCCAGCCAGGCAGCCCCAUCCUUUUGUGGGGGCAUCUGAUGCCAGAGGAGAGGAGCAUCUGAAUGUGGCUGGGCCAGGCAGGUCCGGGGUCUGGUCAGGGUGGCAGUCCGGGAGCUCUCCGUGACACCGGAGAGGGAGAAGUGCCCUCAGGAGCCCUGUGAGUCUGAGCAGCGACUUGAGGCCUUGAGGUCAAAGGCCCGGCCCUGAUGGCAUGAGCUCCAUGACAGGGGAGGGUUGGUGCUGACCAGGCUGGUGGGCGUUCUGGGCACCCUUCCUUGGGCUGGCGCUGCCCAGCGUUCCUUUCCCCGUGCACCGGGACACAGUCAGCAGGUCUGAGCCCCGUUUUCCGGGGGGUUCAGCGCUGAACUGAGGCACGUGCUUAUGCGUUCCAGGGCUCCGGUUCCCCAUUCAACUGCAAAAAGGAAGGUAUUGUUUGCAGAACACAAAUAGCUCAGGGGACCUCUGCCCCUGUGAGCUAGACAUUGUGGCCUCUGUCAGCCAGUGGGAGGUGGUCCAGCCAAGGAAAGGUGCUGGAGGUCGGUGACACAGGGUGGCCCUUGCCCACUGGGCUCCUGAGGGCAGAGUGGCUCCAUUCCCUCUGUGACAGCCAUGCCCCGUGCGGAAAGGAGACACUUUGCCUUUCU